AUGGACACACAGCCCAACCUGUUUCUGGAUAUACUUGGUUCUAUAUUUAAGAGGAUGCUAGUAAAAUACUGGAUUUACUUCUGUUCCAUCAUCUUUUUUAUUGUCAGCUUCAGCGGCCAAGUGGUCCUAUAUAAAAUUCUCUACAUUAUCCUUUUUCUGUUCUGUGUGGCUUUGUACCAGAUUCAUUAUGAGAGGUGGAGACGAGUCCUGAAGGGAUUUUGGCUGAUAGUUGUCUCCUAUUCAAUGGUAGUCCUCAUUGCUAUAUAUGCCUACCAGUUUAAGAUGGUUUCUGCAUUUUUCCUAGAAACUUUGGACAUAUCAGAGGAAAGACUAAAAGAUGUGGGUCUUGAGCGGUUCAGCACAGUGGAGCUGUUUGCGAAGAUUAUAUUGUCCUGUGCCUUUCUUCUGACUUGUAUCCUUCAGCUGCAUUAUUUCCAUAACGAUUUCCUGAAGAUCACAGAUGUGACCAAUAUUUCUGGGAGUCCAUCUUCUUCAUCUGGCAGGCUGGCUGCUGAGCGGUUACAAGAAUCUUUUCCAGAUGGACUGGACAAAUCUGAGAACACCAUGGAAAAGGUAGAAAAGAGGAAUAAAUGGACAGAAGUGGUUGACAAUUUGGCACCUUGUCUUCUGAAGAUCUUAGCAGUGACUCAGGACAUGCAGGCGUUUGCAUGGAGAUUUCUGGAGUUGCACAUCCUUAAGAUUGUGUCCACUUGGAUUAUCUGGAUCACAGUUCAAGAGGUGUCUUUGAUGAACUACGUUUUCUUUAUUGUGUGGGCGUUUGCUAUUCCUUAUUCCAAACUUCGUCCCUAUGCCUCAAGAAUCUGUACGUUUUGGUCUUGUGUGAUGGUCAUCUGUAAAAUGCUAUACCAGCUGAAAUUUGUCAAGCCCUGGAAUUAUUCCUCAAACUGCACUCAGGUCAACUCUACCAAUGUUGAUGAGUUGUUGGAGAAAUCAUCCUUGUACGUGGCACCAAUUGACCCAGGACUCUGGAUUGGAGGACUGUUGAAGUGCAAUGACAAUAUUCUACUUUGUCUAAAGAAUCAUCUCACCAUCCUGAUUCUAAUGGCUUUAGAAGCGACAGUGUAUCACCACCAAUAUUUUUACUGGACUCAGAAUCAACUGUUGCCACCAGUCACAGGGAGCCUUUUUAAUAAUAUUGCCCGGGAGGACUUGGAUGAUGGACUAUUCAGCUGUAUCAAAUACUUUCUCAACUACAGUUUUUACAAAUUUGGACUGGAGAUAUGCUUUGUGGCUGCAGUUAAUGUGAUUGGGCAACGCAUGGACUUCUAUGCACUUAUCCAUGCGAGUUGGCUGACUUACCUGUUGAGCUACCGCCAGAGGAAAGCAAUAGCCAAAAUCUGGCCCAAAUACUGUUUCUUCCUUGCCAGCAUUGUGGUCUUUCAGUAUCUACUUUGUAUUGGUCUCCCACCUGCUUUGUGCCAAGAUUAUCCAUGGAGAAAUUCCCACUGGUUGCUCCAUUCAAAUCUAAUUAAGUGGCUUUAUCUGCCUGAUUUUGUCAAGAGACCCAAUACUAAUUUUCUCCUGUAUGACUUCCUUCUUCUGCUUUUUGCCUCCCUCCAACGGCAAGUUUUUGAAGAUGAGGAUGAGCCUGUAGUCAGGCUGCAAGCUGGAGAUAACACAGAGAUUAAUCAAGAUUUGGGCCCAGCAGAUCUCAGGGAAUUCAGUUGGGUACCAAACUUUAUCCAUUGCAGAACCUAUUUGGAUCUGAUAAAAGUGAUGAUAUUCAGGUACCUCUUCUGGAUUGUCCUUUGCCUGAUUUUUGUGACUGGGACAACCGGUAUCAGCAUCUUCUGUGUGGGCUACUUCAUUGCCUGCUUCUACUUCAUGCACUCUGGACAAAGUCUUCAGCUGAAGCCCAUCAGAGACAUUCUUAGACCAUGGGACUACUUGAUUGCAUACACUACUUUGGUUAUAGCAGCAAAGAACCUUCUUGCUAUUGGAGCAUGUGCAUACCUUAAUAAAUUACAAAUAAAUCAUUGUUGGCUAAUUCAGACCUUUGCUAUGUACUGCACGAUACCAGGAUAUGACAUAGACCCACCUAGGAAUGAGAUAUGUGAAUUGCCCAAGAAUGAAGCAGGAAUCAUGUGGGAUGCAAUAUGUUUCACACUCUUGCUGAUUCAGAGAAGAAUUUUUAUGAGCUAUUAUUACCUCUAUAUUGUGACAGAUCUCAAGGCUUCAAAGAUCUUGGCCUCCAGAGCAGCUGAGAUGUUUGAAUUGAAACUGAAAAAAAAGGUGAUUUCUCGGGUGGAAGAAAAUAUAAAAUCAAUGGAAAUCAUGAAAAGGCAAGUGGAUCUGAUUAAACCAAAAUUAAAAAAGCAAAGUUCCUUGGAGCAAAAAGUACAAGAAGCAGAAUCUGAUCAGAAAUUGGAAGAAGAAGAGGAUCCAGAAGAUGAUACCAGCAAGAUGGAAAAAGAGAAUAAAAAGACUUGGUGGCAGCCAUGGGUGACACAUGCUUCAGUGAUUCGAAGUGGGAGCUAUUCUCUUUUUGAGACUGACAGUGAAGAAGAAGAAGAAAAAGAAGAAAAAGAACAUGGACCCUCUGAAAAGACUAAUGUCAGUUUGGAAUCCUGUGAUGAAAAUACAGAGAUACCAGCUACUGAAGAGGAUUUGGAUAAGUCAGAAAGUAUUGGGCAAAGAAUAAUCAACACUGUCAAGCUUAUCUUUGUCUUGAUGCACGCAUUCAUGGAUGAUAUUAUAGAAGCACUGAGUUCCCUGUUUAAAGAUAACCUAGACAUAGCUGAUGUGUUGAGAAUAGAAAAGUUCAUUCUCUGGCAACAGAUGAACAAGGGAAAUGAGGUUUCAGCAGAUAUGGUUCUACAGCAUUACAGAUUUGAGAAUAAUCAACCAGUUUAUGGAGAAAAUAAAGCCAAAGUCAUAGGGAUCGAGGAAUGCCAAGGCAAGGGACCUGAAUCUCCACCCAUUGAGAAUACCGAGCCAUCAUGUGUGCAUCACAGGAGAUUCAGUGAAGUUGCAGUGGGGAUUGAGAAGGUAGAAGAAGGGAAUGAAAAAGAAGCCCAAGAAGCCCAAGGAUUCAUUCCGAUCUCUUCCUGUGCAGAACCUGCCAGUCCUUUCAGCUCUCCAUCAGAAAUUCAAGAAUCUGCAGAUUCCUUGUUCACUAGACGUCAAAAACCCAGCAAACCAUUGGGUGAAAUUUCUGCUAUGAUAACAGCCAGUGAGCUGCUGCUUAACAGCACUUUUCAUGACCAUGAGCUGGAACAAUCAGAUAAAUUUUACCAGUGCCUUCCUUGCCUCUUGAAGCUGGGAGCUGCUUUGUACCAUGUUAUGGUCUCUACAUCAGAAAUGCUAUGUUAUUUUGCUAUCGUUCUCAACCACAUGAUUUCUGCUUCCAUUCUUACUUUGGUUCUACCCAUCUUGAUAUUCCUGUGGCCCAUGCUGUCCAUUCCAAGGCCUACCAAAUUCUUCUGGAUGACAGCAAUCAUUUACACAGAGGUAACAAUUGUGAUCAAAUUUAUUUCCCAGUUUGGAUUCUUUCCUUGGUCCUCUGAGAUAUAUUGUAGUAUCAGUGCAGAAGCCCCAUUUGCUUUGCCAAAUAUAGCUGGGAUUGAGAAGAAAGAUGGAUAUGCACAGUAUGAUCUGGUGCAGCUCCUGGCCUUGUUUUUCCACAGGUACAUCUUGAAGUACCAUGGGCUCUGGGAUUCCAGCUCACUAGAUCCUAAACAAAAGGACAUGACCAAGAAACCUAAGAAGAAAUGUUGCAAAGGUCAUUUGAGGGAACAUCAGCCUAGCUCAGGAGGAUGGCAUCUCUCCAAGGACAUCUUCAAGAGGGCUAAUCGAGACAAAUCUCUGAAAGAAGAGCAGAAGAUGUGGGGCCUUUUCAGAAAAUCUCCCCCUGGCAAGAAGAGACUUUCCAAAGAAACAAUACACGAGAAGAUUCUUAAGGCAAAAAAGUUGCUGAUUAAAAUUGUGCGUUGGAUUUAUCAGCCUAUCAAGCAGUUCUUCUACGACAUCAUUUAUCCCAAGUAUAGCCCAGUCUGUGAUGUUUAUGCUUUCAUGUUCAUCGUUGAUGUGAUUAAUUUUAUUAUUGUCAUCCUUGGCUAUGGGGCUUUUGGGAGAUAUUCAGAUGCUGUUGACAUCACAGAAUCCCUUUCGGAAGACGAAGUCCCUGGACCUUUACUUGUGAUACUCUUGGUGCAGUUUGGAACCAUAAUAAUUGAUAGGGCACUAUACCUAAGAAAGAACCAGGUUGGGAAAUGCGUUUUCCAAGUGAUCCUGGUCUUUGGCAUUCAUAUUUGGAUGUGUUUCAUUUUGCCAGGAGUAACACAAAGGAGAUUUAACCGAAAUGCAGUGGCUCAGGUGUGGUACUUGGUCAAGUGCGUUUACUUAGGUUUGUCCGCAUAUCAGAUCAAAUGUGGCUACCCCAAGAGGAUCACAGGCAACUUUUUGACUAAGAGUUACAACUAUAUAAACCUCUACUUAUUCCAAGGAUUUCGUGUGGUACCUUUCUUGACUGAGCUGAAGGCUGCAAUGGAUUGGGUUUGGACUGAUACUACACUCAGCCUGUCCAGUUGGAUCUGCUUGGAGGAUAUUUAUGCAAAUAUUUUCAUCCUAAAAUGUGAGAGAGAAUGUGAAAAAAAAUACCCCCAACCUCCUGGGCAGAAGAAGAAACUGAUUCUGAAGUAUGGGAUGGGAGGCUUCACGAUCUUCUUACUUAUCUGCAUUGUGUGGUUCCCACUUCUUCUUACAUCACUGAAAUCUGUGGCAGGCAUAACUAACCAACCCCUGGAUGUUUCCAUCAAAAUCACCAUCAGCGGUUACGAGUCCUUGUUCACCAUGAGUGCUCAGCAACAAAAUCUGGUUCCUUUCACCCAGGCAGCAUAUAAUCAACUUGCUGCUCAAUAUGCUGUCUAUCCUUCUGCCUCAUACUUUAUAGAUGGCUACAGUCCAGAGGACAUUGUAAUCGCUAAAAUAAAAGGCAAUGCCAGCCUGCUGUGGAGUAUCAGUCCGGCGAGUCGGAAAGCCAUGAUAGCAGAGCUCUCCAGUUCCUCUGCAAUCUAUGUCAGCUUCCACUGGACUCUUCUCAGGAAUGCAUCUCUUGUGAAGAAUGUUGAAGCAUCUGGCAUACAUACUGUGCGAUACGAAGAGAAGGAAAUAAGGGAUCAAAUCAUUCACAUGCUCUCUGGGACACGGACUGAACCAAUUGUACUUCCUGGUGUUCUACCAAGAUAUCUGAGAGCGACUAAUGGGGCAGAGGCUAAAAUGGCAUAUAGCUUGCAAGUUGUUCAUUCCCAGAAGUUACAAGACAUCAAUGCAAUGGCCUUCUUCAGAAAUAUAACCAUAAAGCUGCAGCACUUGCCAGAUAAGGAGUCUUCAAGCCAUGUUUUGGAAUGGUGGAUUGUUAAAGAGCAGAAGCCUGUUUGUUUGGAUAAUGGAUGCAGCAAGAAUAUGGAGAUUAUCAUUUGCAAUGAUAAAGUCAAUCCUUCCAGUUUGGGAUUUGUCGCUGCCUAUGGCAUUGCCGGCCUCUAUAUGUCAUUUGUUUUGGUCAUUGGGAAAUUCAUCCGAGAGUUUUUCAAUGGAAUCUCACGCUCCAUCAUGUUUGAAGAGCUACCCAAUGUGGACCGCAUCCUGCAACUGUGCACAGAAAUUUUCCUAGCGAGAGAGGCUGGAGAAUCAGAGCUAGAAGAGCAGCUCUUUGCCAAACUCAUCUUUCUGUAUCGAUCACCUGAAACUAUGAUCAAAUGGACCAGAGAACACAAGGAAAAGUAAAAGCAGGUGUGGAUGGGAGAUUAUCGCUGAGGAAAACUCUAGAAAAAAAAUCAGGAUCUGCACUUGGCAAAUGGACAUCAAGACAGUGUUGUUUUGGUUUAUUGGAUAUUUAAUCUGCAUUAGGGAAGUGUGCAACUACACGUGAGAUUUAAUAACCAGAGUGCGCUAUGCAGUUUUUUAUACUGCACAGAGAUUGGAACUCUAAAGCUACAUAAUAAUUUGGACCAAGGGAAAUCCUCACUAGGUGGUAGCUGUUCCCAUCAUUUCCUCCCCCUUUAAUUGCAAGUCAGUUUGAUUCCAAAUUACCAAUUCAGCUCAACAGGGCAGUAAAAUUAGCAAUGAAUUAGGAAUUAUAUCUUUAAUUUGUCAAAUAGCUGUGGCAUGAACAAAAGAAAAUGUUAUAUAGGCAUACAAAUUUUGUAUCUUGGGACUUUUCUUUCUCUCUCUCUCUCUCAACCACUAAGAUUCCCAGAUGGUUAUGUACGUGUUUGGCAGCUGGAUACUUCCAUACAGAGGUCACAAUCCCUGUGUGCAGGACACAGAAUAAUGGUCUUGCUCUAGGAAAACAGGCUGCCUGAAUGUUAGAAAAGUUUUCUGAAUAGUGACAGUACUUCAACAAUGGAACCAAUUCUCUAAUAAAGAGAGUACCUCCCUUUUGCUGGAUAGUUCAAGCAGAGGCUGAACAUUUGCCACAGAUGCUUUGAUUCCUGCAGUGGGUACCUAGUUGGACUUCAUGGCCUAAGUCAGGGUUCCUUAACCUCAGCAACUUUAAGAUGGGUGGACUACAACUCCCAGAAUUCUCCAGCCAGCCAUGCUGGCUGGGGAAUUCUGGGAGUUGAAAUCCACCCAUCUUAAAGUUGCUGAGGUUAAGAAACCCUGGCCUAAGUGGUCCCUUCUAACUAACUGACACUAAGAUGUUAAUGCUGGUAAAGGGUUAGAGGAUAGAGUGACCUUCCUAGGGUGGUCCUACAUUCAGGCCUUUGACACAAAUAAUGUACAGGUAGUCCCCAGUUUCAGAAUGAGUUUCGUUCCCAAGGUCUAUCCUUAAGUCGAAUUUGUA